AUGGCGGGCUAUCCCUAUGGCCAUGGGCAGUGGCCACCACAAGCGCCACCGCCACCAUUUUCCCAAGGUUCUCACCCGGUAGCUUUUCAACAGCAAUAUCCGCAGUACGACUACCGGCCAUCGAGCAACCCUCCUCCGGCCAUGUACAAUGGCAACCCGUAUCAAGUGCCUCCCCCCAUCCCUUCGCCAGGAGCUGUUAACCAGCAGCAGCCUCAGCAGAGCUACUAUGGAGCUGUACAGUCCGCACAAGCUGCGUUUGACCAAAAUACACAGGUUUCCGGCUUGGGCAUCUCCGUAGCUUUGCCGGAAGAGCGCAGCCCAAAUGCGGUGGGUGGCGACCUAAGCUGGAGCGAGGCAUUUCCCACUUCGCAACCUACACCCUCUGCGCACCCACCAUACAAUCCGGGCCUUGCACAAGUACAUACACAGCAGCACAGCUACCACCAGCAGCGCCCACCACAACCUCUACCGCCGCAGCAGAUGCCGCCGCAGCAUGCCUACUCGCCUGCAGGCUAUGCUCCCCCUCCAGCCGCUUCGACAACAGGCCUUGCAUACAACCCAGAAGCCACCGUGACCACGCGAGAGAGCGAGCCGGAGGAAGGCGAGCUCAGCGAAGACAUGGAAGAUCGAUACGAACCUGAAGAGACGUCCGGGUCCACGGGCAAUGGAGGUGCGAGGACUUCUCGCUCGGCUGUCUCUCAAGAGGCUCAUGAAGAGAGUUUUGCGCAAGUUGCUCUUGGCCACGCCGCCGCCGAUUUGCCGAGCCGCGAUGCUAGUGUUAUUGAUACCCAAGAAGACGCCUUUUACGACGAUGAUGACGACAAUGAACCUGGUGAGAUCAAAUCUAGCGGCAACGGCGAUGAAUCUGACGCAGACGAUGAAGACAUGGGUUACUCCGAUUCAGAACCCAAGUCUGUCGGGGCCACCGACCAAGAGCGUGCUGCUACGUACUCGCCGCGCCUUUCCCCUGGUGAGGUUGAGGACAGCGACCAUGCUGAUACAGCACGACAAAGCCUGCAAAAGGACAGCUCCGGAUCGGCUGGCCCAACUGUUGGUGCCGCUAUUGUAACCUCAGAUGGUACUGCAGUCGGAAACGAGACGGCGAGCGGUGUCACGACGAAAGUCGAAAAGGACGCGGCCAUUGCUGUAAAACAAGCGAUGCCCUCAAGUAACCUAAUUUUCACUACAAUGGACGAUGCCAAGAAAGAAGCACAGAGAGCCAUUCUGCGACUAAUCCCAUACGGCGUCAAUUACCAGACAUAUAUCGAUGAGGGAUUCGAUAGCAAACUGAUUCAGUCCCUCUUCUCGGAGCUGGGUCUGAAAGCGGUCCCCGCAGCGGUUUCAGCCUCGCCGAGAUCAACCUCGCCAUCGCAGUCUAUUGAGCCGGUGGCAUCCCAACCCGAACCAGGUGGUGACAAAACGGCGCCCAAGGAAGAACGCAAAGACCGCAUUGCGCGUCUUCUCGCACUCCAGGCAUCGAAACCAACGCCCGCACCAGUUCCGAAGCCCCCUGUUGCUGCCGCAGCUGCAAAGCCCGACAAGCCCAAGUCACAGAAAGAAAUCAUGCUACAACAAAAGCUCGAAGCUCUUAGGCAGGCACAAGAGAAGCGUGCAGCUGCCGCAACGAAAGCUGCCGCAGAGGCGACAGCUCUCGCAAACACUGUGUCUGGACAACAGGGUGAUGUUGCAGCGGCUAUUGUGGGAAAAAUUGCAGACAAGACGGCUGCCAUUUCUGCUACCCUCCCUUCUUCUCCCGCCACUGGUUCCCGCCAACGUCCUAUGGCAGCUGACUUUGGUGGUUUUGCUUCCUCGGCGGUGCACAGUCUACCCACACGCCCACCUGCUCCUGUUCGGCAAGAAUCGUCGAUGAUCAUCGAAGUCAGCGAUGAUUCGGAUGAAGAUGUGGCCAUGGAACUUGAUUCACAGGCCGAUGAUUCGUACUCGAGACCAGGCCAAUACAAUGAACAACGUUCGGGCGGUGCUACCUUGUACCGUGAGCAACAAUACAACGACAAUGUUGGCAAAAACGGGAUUAGCCGCAAAUCUCCGGCGGAUCAUUCUUAUUCGUCUCCUCGAGGGUAUGCAGGACGUGCUCCGCCUAUGAUGCCGGCACCACCGACCGCCCCUGCGAGUAUGAUAGCGCGGGCCAAGGACGACGAGUAUACAAGAAAGAUGCGGCAGAUCGAAGAGAUGAAGCGCAAGAUAGCAGAGGCCGAGGCGAGAAAGUCACAGAUGUCGCCGGCAGGCUCUCUAACGCCGCAGACUGGUGGCAACAGAACGCCAUCUGAAGGUGGCUCCAGCGGCAACCGCAAUAACGACAGCCCAUACCCAGUGCUUCGGCCUGCUCCACAGCCUCUUCGGCGGAUAACGUCCAGCGGCGAGCUGUGGAAGGACGAUAGCACCGGUAGCCCUCUGGCGCCAAUGGAAGAAGCUCCUAUCCGUGUAGCGAAACGCACUGGCGGUCCGUCGCCGUCAUCUUCUCAAGAAAGCCACCGAGAGAAGCGGGUGCGUGUGGCGAGUCUACAACUGCCUCGUGUCGAAGCCAGUCUCCAAGAAAAGAUGUUUAAACUACGCCUUCUUCAGGAACGAGUUGCAGCCCUUCAAGCCGAGAUCGAUGAAGGCGUGGCUGAAAAGCGGCGGUUGACAGAGGACGCUGAGGACCUAGGCAGCGAGCAAGAAGAAGCUUCCACUGAGAACGAAGCGAGCGUACAACCCCACCAAUCACAGCCGCCGACAGACGAACCCAUCAAUGACGCUGGCAGGAUGACGGAUGUCGAUCUCGCUUCACAACAAUUAGAUGGCCUUGGGCAGCAAGAGGAGGAAAAAGAGGGCGAGAUAAAGGCAGGUGAUGCCCCAUCCCACGGCACCCCGAGCGAUGCCGAAUCAAGUGUAGGGCUAUCUGUUGCUCGGGCAGAAGCAGAAAACUCGCAGUCCAACGCUGCGUCUGAGUCGGACCCAGUUCAAAUGUCAGAUUCUGCCAACGCUAGCGAUGCGGAUGGCGACACCGAGAUGCUGGACAAUGCAUCGGAUGGGGAGGGCGAACCGGAUGAGGAUGACGAAAUAAAGGAUGGCGGAGUUUCGACUUCCGACAGCGCUAUUGAUGGGGGCGUUGCCGCCGUGGCAGAGCUGUUCCACGAGGAGUCACAGCAACAGCACUCGAAUGUGGUGGUGACGCCAGCAAGAGUGGCAGCAAAGCCGCCGACGGCGACAUUUGCACCAUACGAGAGCCCGUUGCAGUACUUUGAGUCAUACCGCUUCCACCCGCAGUACAAGACACAGGUCCCCGGCGGCUUCAGGUCGUUAACGUACAGUGGUAAGAUCCAGGACGAUAUCGCGCUUUGCCCAAAUGAAUUUUUAGGCGACAGCUGCUCGGACCCGUCGUGCAGUUUUCAACACAUUGCAUCUAUUGUGCCCAAAGACGAUCAAAUUCUUGUUGAACUCGGUCGGUCCGACGACUACACGGGUGACCAAAAAGCGCGGUUUGUGGACGGCCUCAAAAAUUUGCUGAAGAAAUUCCGCGACGACCAUGAGCGCGAUUUUGACAAAAUUGCGGAGGGUAUUAUCGACUUCCGGCGCAGGUUCCUCGGCGACGACAGUCGCGUUCUCGCACACCUCGAGGGCAUUACUGUCUAA